AAACGACAAUCUCUCUCUUCUUUCACUAUCUUACUUUAUAAUUCCAUCGUCGUCUUCACAUCACGCUUCUCUUUUCUCUCUUCAGAUUCUUCAUCUGCCCAAUUUCAUCUUUCCUCCCUUUGUUUUGAUUUCAGAUCCGGAAGCAAAAUUGAUUCCAAAAAAGGAAAAAAAAUGAGUAGGCCUCGUAAACCCUCAUCAGGCCGCACAAAUUUAGCAUCAUGUAUAGUGGCCACCAUUUUCUUGAUCUUUGUAGUUAUUGUCAUUCUCAUCGUCUUCUUCACUGUGUUUAAACCCAGAGAUCCCAAGCUUACCGUUAAUGCCGUCCAGCUCCCGUCAUUCUCCAUCUCUAACAGCACCGUCAACUUCACUUUUUCUCAGUACGUCACCAUCAAGAACCCCAACAAGGCCGCCUUCUCUCACUACGACAGUACGAUUCAGCUCGUCUACUCCGGCUCUCAAGUCGGCUUCAUGUUUAUUCCCGCCGGUGAGAUCGAGGCCGGUCGGACCAAGUACAUGGCCGCAACGUUCGCCGUCCAGUCCUUCCCGAUUUCCACCGCAACCGGAGCUAACGCGGUGGUAGGUCCAGUAGUGACCGGCGGUGGCGGUUGGCCUAAUAAUGGGUAUCGGGUGGGGCCCACUUUGGAGAUUGAAUCCAGAAUGGAAAUGGCGGGUCGGACUCGGGUAUUACAUGUGUUUACACAUCACGUUGUGGCGAAAUCUAGGUGUAGGGUUGAAAUUUCUGUGAAUGAUGGAUCUGUAUUAGGGUUUCACUGCUAGUAUUUUCUGUUUUCUUUCUAAUUUUGGAAGAUUUGCAACGUAACGGUAAUGUAAUUUUAGGUGCUUUGAUGAAAAAAUUCAAGUGUACAAAUUAUUUUUUA